AUGGAUUUCAAGUCAGGUAUCAUGCCUCUGCACCAGGUGCAGAAGCCACCUUUCACAGUUGACGUGCCCGGUGCCCCCAAGAUCGAGGGCGAGACCAUUCCUCGUCGCCAUUUCAAGGCCAAGGACGGCCUCAUCGACAGACCCGCAGAGGAUGUCUACACUGUCUGGGACAUUGUCCGCCGAAGCGCCCGCGAAUACCCAAACCACACCGCCGUUGGUAAGCGAAAGCUUAUCAAGCUUCACAAGGAGACCAAGAAGAUCAAGAAGAUUGUCGAUGGCGAGACCCAGGAGGUUGACAAGGAGUGGCAAUAUUUCGAGCUCUCACCCUUCACCUUCAUCACCUACAAGGAGUACGAGACCCUCGUGCUGCAGCUUGGCUCCGGUCUUCGAAAGAUCGGCCUGAAUCCCGAGCAAAAACUUCACUUGUUUGCUACCACUAGCACGAACUGGAUUUCCACCGCUCAUGCCUGCGCAACACAGUCCAUCCCCAUUGUGACGGCAUACGACACUCUGGGAGAGGAUGGUGUAUCGCACUCACUUAACCAGACUGAGGCCGAUGCCAUGUACACCGACCCUCACCUGCUAAAGACGGCCCAAGGCCCUAUCCGCAAAUCCAAGGUGAAGACGGUCAUUGUCAAUGAGGAGUCCAUCUUUACCGAAGGCGGCGAGAUUGAAGAGUUCAAGAAGAACAACCCUGAUAUCAAGGUCAUCACUUACGAAGAACUGCGCAAGUUGGGUGAAGAGAACCCCGUCGAAGCCAACCCAGCUAAGCCCGAGGACCUUUACUGCAUCAUGUACACUUCAGGCUCAACAGGCAUGCCCAAGGGUGCCUCCAUCAAGCACGAAGCCCUUGUUGCUGCUGUUACCGGUCUUUACAAGUGCGUUGAGGAAUGUGUUAGCGACCAGGAAGUCAUCCUCGCAUACCUGCCUUCGGCGCAUAUUUUCGAGAUGGCCCUCGAGAACUUGGUGCUCUUUAUCGGUGGCACCCUCGGCUACGGUAACGCCCGAACUCUCUCCGACACAUCUGUCCGCAACUGCGCCGGUGAUAUGCGUGAACUCCGACCUACCGUCAUGGUCGGUGUCCCCCAGGUCUGGGAAACCGUGAAGAAGGGUGUCAUCAGCAAGCUCGAUUCUUCCAGCCCUGUCCUCCGAUCUCUUUUCUGGGGAGCAUUUAACUAUAAGAGCUUCAUGACGAAAAACGGUCUCCCUGGAGCCAGUAUGCUUGAUGGCAUUGUCUUUAAGAAGGUGAGAGACAUGACUGGCGGGCGACUGCGGUUCACUAUGAACGGCGCUAGUGGCGUUGCCGACGACACCAAGAACUUCCUUUCGCUCGUCCUUGCGCCCAUGUUGGGUGGUUACGGUCUCACAGAGACUUGCGCCAACGGUGCCCUGGGCUCCCCCCUCCAAUACACUCCUAAUGCUAUUGGCCCCGUCCCUUCAUCCAUUGAGGUGAAGCUCGUCUCUAUUCCUGACAUUGGUUACUCUACCGACAACAACCCACCCCAGGGUGAGAUUUAUAUCAGGGGCAAGCCUACUCUUACUGAGUACUAUGGCAACCCAGAGGAGACUGCCAAGGCUUUGACCGAAGAUGGUUGGUUCAAGACGGGUGAUAUUGGAGAGUGGGACUCGGUUGGCCAUCUCAAGGUCAUCGAUCGUGUCAAGAACCUCAUUAAGAUGCAAGGUGGCGAGUACAUCGCUCUCGAGAAGCUCGAGGCCGUGUACCGUGGCGCUCACACCGUUGCCAACUUGAUGGUGCAUGCCGACCAGGCCUACCCCAAGCCCAUCGCUGUCAUCAUGCCAAACGAGAAGGUUCUCCUUGAUGAGGCCCAGAAGCUCGGCAUUGACCAGCAUGAUAUGUACCACCACCCUAAGAUGGUUGGCUGGGUUCUCAAGGAUCUCCAGACAACCGGCCGCCGCGCUGGCCUCACCGGAAUCGAGAUCAUCUGCAACGUCGUCAUCACAGAAGAAGAGUGGACUCCUCCUACCGGUCUCGUCACUGGUACCCAGAAGCUCAACAGACGUACCAUCCGCUCAACGUUCAAGAAGCAGAUCGACGACGCUUUCAAGGCCGCCAACUAA